AUGUCGACCCUUCGUGUUCUCUGUCGAGAACAGCCUGAUCGCACAAUUGCCCUCGUAACGAGCGAACAUGCGCUGAUCUUCCGGCACACACCGAUUGCGGGGGAAUCGUCUAAUGGGAUACCGGAAGCUGGCAAUAAUGAGACCCCACGCUGCCUGGUCGAGUUCUGCAGUGCCUCCUCGAUCAAUCUAAGAGAAUACAGACUGCUGGGCGAGGGGCACGGUACCCUGGGUCUUAUCACACUGAAUCACGACGUCUUUAUCUGCGUUGCUACCGCCUCUUCGAAGGCGGCUACAGUUAGACCAGGCGAGACCGUCCUAAGAAUUGAUAACGUAGAAUUUUAUUGUCUAAAUCGCUCCGAUUAUGAGAAUGGACUGGAAUAUGAAGCAGGCUCCCAAUGGGGAGCUGAGGAUACCAGCCGUAGCUUCAGUCAGGACCCUAGAGAUGUUGUUACAGACCAUCCAUUCCUUGCUCUGAAAAAACUCCUGAAUGAUGGCAGUUUCUACUACAGCCUCGACUUCAACCUCACGGAUCGCCUCCAGGACCGUUACAAUGAGUCGACCGCCUUCGAUAUCGAUAGUCUCGACGGAGACAUGUUAUGGAAUCAUUAUAUGAUCAAUCCUCUUCUUCUCUUCAGGAGCCGCCUAGCUAGCCACGAAAGAGUGGCGCUCGAUGCCUCUCGAAUUCUAACGUCUGUCAUACGAGGGUUCGCCGGGACGUUGACCAUCCCUGCGUCAGCCCAUCCGCUUCCUCAGGUGCGGUCAAAUCUCCCUUCAACAUUGACCCUCAUAUCACGUCAAUCGUGGCGGCGAGCUGGCACCAGAUUCAACUCGAGAGGGAUAGAUGACGAUGGGAACGUCUCAAAUUUCGUCGAGACUGAGCUCAUUUUAUGGAGUCCCCCGGGGAUAAAUUUCUCUUACGUUCAAGUACGUGGUUCGGUUCCUAUCUUUUGGGAGCAGACCCCCGGCCUCCUCCCUGGGCAACAAAAAAUCGAGGUUACACGCUCUUUCGAGGCGACGCAGCAUGCGUUUGACAAGCACUUUGAGUUCCUUGAACACGAGUACGGAGCAGUACAUGUGGUCAACCUUCUCAGCGCGCUCAAGUCAGGGGAAGCCGAAUUGUCCGCCAAAUUCCGUGAACAUAUUUCCAGAAGCUCACUCAGACAGCGAGGUGCCCCGGGCUCUUCGUCAGACCAUCAUCUAUUGCGAGCUACUGAGUUUGAUUUCCAUGUUGAAGCUCGCGGUCCGGCUGGCUACGAUGUCGGCCGUCAAAUUCGGGUUGAGGUUGAAAACUCGUUGGAUGGAUUUGCUUAUUUCUUGUCGGAAGAUGUCUUCCGUCAGUCAGAGUCUCCCACAAACGAGAAACACUACCCGAAGAGUUCGGCGGUUGUUAUCCAGCAAGAAGGCGUUUUCCGAACCAAUUGUCUUGAUUGCUUGGACAGGACAAACCUCGUACAGACCAUCAUUAGUCUGAUGGCUCUUGAUACUUUCUUGAUUCAGCAUGGCGGAAGAGUCACGCAAGACCUCCAGAUGAGGCAUUCAAGUCUGUGGGCCGACAAUGGUGACGCGUUAUCAAAGAUCUACGCUGGAACUGGGGCUCUCAAAAGCUCAUUUACUAGACACGGCAAAAUGUCACUGGCAGGUGCUCUUGCAGACGCACGCAAGAGUGCCACGCGCUUGUAUGUGAAUAAUUUUACGGAUAAGGCUCGACAAAACACGAUAGAUCUCUUGCUAGGUCGCUUAACGAACCAGUUGUCUGUUCACUUAUAUGACCCGAUCAGUGAUAUGGUCACUGCUGAGAUGAACCGCCAGCUCACGGAAUACUCCUCGACUAAAUCUAUCCGCGUCUGGGUUGGCACUUUCAACCUCAAUGGAAGGAGCGAAGGUGCAUCUACUGACCUUUCACCCUGGCUGUCCUCUGCAUUUGAUGAGCAUGGGGAGGGACCGGCCAUAGUAGCUGUCGGGUUUCAAGAGAUCGUGGAGUUGAGCCCUCAACAAAUAAUGUCUACUGAUCCACGGACACGCAAGGUCUGGGAGGAGGCUGUCAAAGUUUGUCUAAACGACCUUGCUAGCAGGCAAGGGCCCUCACGAUACGUGCUUCUUCGUAGCGGCCAACUCGUUGGGGCCGCUCUUCUCAUAUACGUGAGAACCGAUGCCCUUAGUGACAUUAAGAACGUGGAAGGAAGUGUUAAAAAGACCGGUCUUUCUGGCAUGGGAGGCAACAAAGGCGGUUGUGCUAUUCGGUUCGAAUACUCGAACACUAGAAUGUGUUUUGUCACUGCACAUCUUGCCGCCGGAUUUGCGAACUAUGACGAGAGGAAUCGGGAUUAUGAAACUAUCAGUCAUGGUCUGAGAUUUCAAAGGAAUAGGUCUAUCGAAGACCAUGACACCGUCAUCUGGCUUGGUGAUUUCAACUAUCGCAUAGGCCUCAGUGACCACAAAGUCAGGGAGUACAUCAAGCUAGGAAUGUUCGAUAAACUCUAUGAAAAUGAUCAGUUAAAUCUGCAGAUGAUGGCAGGAAGGACUUUUAAAUUCUAUUCCGAAGCGCCAAUUACAUUCCCACCAACUUACAAAUACGACAUCGGAUCUGAUGAAUACGACACCUCAGAAAAAGCGCGCAUUCCCGCAUGGUGCGACAGAGUGCUGUGGAAGGGCAAGAAUCUCCGACAAUCUCACUAUGCGACGGCAGAUUUACGUUUUUCAGACCAUCGUCCUGUCUGGGCUAUGUUUGACUGCACCAUACAUGUCAUAGAUGAGAAGCUGAAGGAAAGACUCAGUCGCUCUCUCUACGAGAAGUUCAAACACGGUACAGACGACUUGAUACCUGAUCUCGGCAGAUCCGCAGAUACAGAAGGGGGAGAAGAACUCGUACCCAUCUCUCCUGACUUGCCGUCGCCUAGUUCAGACCGUCAGAAGUGGUGGCUUGAACCUCUUGGUGUCCCCUCCAGGUCGACAAUCAAGCCGCCUGCAGAUGGCCAAGUUCCAAACAUAUAUCAGAAAUCAAACCCCUUCUCGCCCGACGGAAUCCCUGAUUGGAUAUACCCAUCAGAAUUGCCUCUUCGAAAGAAGGAUGACUCCACAUCUCUAUCAACGCCUGGGAAGAAAUCCACCCCGCCAGCCCCGCCAGCACCAAGACGUCAAGGCAGGCAGACAGCGCUACACGCUGAACUGGACGGUCUCGAGAGACACGAUAUCGAUGCGUCGAAAAGUCCAGAGAAUAACCUGGCCCGGUCAGAAGAGCUAAAGGCUCCACCACCAAUACCGAGAAAACCAGCAUCAUUGGCUUCUAGCACUAGUUUUGAGAAAGACACAAAUUCCAUCUCUAGUCUGUCUCUCAGUUCUGGUGGCGCAAAUUAUCGCACCGCCGAGCUACAAGGACGGAAACCUGCGCUUCCAGCGCGUGGAGUAGAGGGCUUUGAGUCAAAGAACUCCUCCCCGCGUGCCGAUGUGCCCCCGGGCUUACCGAUAAGGAAUAAUGGGGCGCCCAGGGGUGCUCUUGCAGAUAAUCUUCUCGACAACGAUGCGGAUGAUAUGAGUGGCUGGAAGCCUCUCGUGCCUAAAAGAUAA